GAAAUCAUUCUCACACUAUUAAGAGCCAUCAUAUUGUUGGUGUACUUCUGAAAGACAUGAAGCUUAUCGAGCCUCUCAAGCUUUUAUUGAAGGACGAUGUUUGAAUUUAAUUUAAACCCCUUGAGGCCUUGAUAUGAAGAAUUUGUGCUCUCUUCCAAUUGAUCUCAUAGCUUUUCCGUGGUACGUGCAUCAGGGAAGAUCUUAGAUAUCCCUGAGGGUUUUUUUAGAGCGUGCCAUCCAUUGUCAGGAUCAGGACUUGCUGUUUGUGUUCUUGUUGAUGUUACAGAAGGAAAUUAUUUGGAAAUCCUUUGACAGGUUGACGAGAUAUUUAUUCAAUCAAUCAAAAGAUGCCGGACUCUGUGAUGAAAUAUGGCAAGCUUUCGCUGUUUUCAUGGGAAUUUUGUCAGUAGGAAUACAAGGUGAUCUUAGAACUCAUUCUCAUGUCGCGGGCCUUGGAGCUGUUACAAGUAAAGAUGGGAUGACAGUAGAUUGGUCUCGCUUUCAAAAUCACUAACAAUGUUACAGAGUUGCUCUGGACAUAACAUCGAAGACUCCUUCAACAAAAGAGUGGUAAUAAGCUUAAUAUUUAACCCUUCUUAACGAACGAACCAUCUCAUUGACUCCUCAUUUAAUCACCGGCUCAAGAACAAUUAAGAAGUAUAAUUAAAGAUUUAUUCAAGUCACGUGAUUUCUUUUCAUAACCAUUCAUUCUUGCAUACUACUCGCAUUAUCAUACUUUGAUAUUUUAUCUUAUGUAACCAGAGAGGUCUAACUACUAUUGUCGCGACAAUGAUAUUUAUUUGUUCUUUAUUGAGAGUUGAGACAAUAGAAGGGACAUCAACACAAAAAUUUGAUAGCAUUAUGGAGAAUGUGGACAUAGGGACAUAGGAACAAACAUUGUGGUAGCCACUUUGCUCUGCUAAUAUUAGAAAGAUGUUCCUGUAAAUUACUAGCUAGUGACUUUGGCUGGAAGCAUGUCUUUAAGUCUUGCAUGUACUAUUAUAUUAUAAGUUGUAAGAUGUGACAUAACUUAUAUGGUUUGGUAACACUUUAAUUGGCAUUUUCUAUGUGGUGGUUCAAGCUUUUUAUGAGCAUAUAAUAAUUUAUAAUUGUAAACAAAACAAUAUCUAAUCUUUGGUUUAUUUUUAAUAUGAAAAAUAUCUGUGGUCUCUCUGUUUUAAA